ACACGGUUACCCAAGGGCGUAGUAAAUUCCCCAUGAAAUUUCAAGGGGAAAAAUAUGUCUCCAUCCUCGCCCCACAAGGAGAAAUAUUAUGAGAAUCUCCAUCCCCGUGGCAAGGAAAUCCGUGAAGCUCCGAGGGUUGCAGAGGAAAUUGCCAUUCCCAUUCCUCUCUAAUCGACAUUCUUCUAAUUUUCCUUCCCUUCUCAACUAUCCUUCAUCUCUCCAAUCAUAUAUCUGGAUUUCUCUGCACCUAGGACAUCUUGCUCUGCAUGGAGGCCACGAUGUUCGCACUCCAACCCUCCUCCAAUCUCAUAUUUGGAGUUUCUGUGCUCGGAGGCUAUCUCUUUUGCCUUUCUCGGAGCUAUCACCGUUGUCAGUUGGAAUUCUAAAGCUUGAUAAGUCUCUUUCAUUCUUUCCCUCUCCACUGCAAAUCAGAUCCAAGUUUAAAAGUCGAUUUUUGAGCUUUAUUUACAGCUUCGCUCAAGCUUUGAUGUCUUUUACGAUCAACCUUCAGCCUUCCCUCCAUUUCUCAAUGUGUGACGUGUAAACCAUAAUAGGAAUCAGGAAACCUAUCGUACUUGUGAGUUACUUUGACACUUUUUUUUUCUUUUUUGUCAUUGCUAUCGUUUGAUUAGUUGUUGCUUAAUUCCAGCCAUUUUUGAAGAUAGUACUUUCCUUUUGAUGAUGUAUAAUGAACUUGUAAGGUCCUG